AUGAAUGGAGUUUCAAUCAGUUUAAGUUCAUCCGUAGCCAAGAAAAAAGUAAUUAAGAAGAACAAGAAGAAAGUCACAAAAGGAAAAAAAAUUGGUAAUAAUAUUUUCCAAGAUGAUGAAGUUGAAAUAGAAAGAAAGAAUGAUAAAAUAAGUUUAAGUGUUCUUGAAAAACACGUAGAGUCGGAGCAAACUGAUAAAACAGAAAAGGAUGAAUUGGUAAUCAAACCCAAGGAUCUUUCCAAUAAACGUAUUUUCCCUAUUAAUAAAAUCACAAAAGAAAGUAGCCAUCCGUAUGGGUUGAUAGAACCAACAUGUGGUAAUAAAAUAGAAAAACAGAAUUCUCUGCCUCAGAUAAUUACUUAUGAUGAACUUCUUCAAAAAGAAUUGGAACAAUUACCAAAGGAAACUAAACAGGAAGAAUAUGAUGAAGUUCCAGUUGAAGAAUUUGGUGCAGCUUUACUGCGAGGUAUGGGCUGGAAUGGUAAAGAUGACAAUGAUACUACAGUGAAUAAGCAAUUCGGGGGAGUAUCACUAUCAGAACAACUUGCUCCCAAACCUGCGUUUUUAGGUAUUGGCGCAAAACCGGCUCUCUCAUCAACAGCAGGAGAUGGCAAAGGAACAUUUAAUCAUAAACCCAAAGUAGACUCCGAUGAUUCAUUCUUGCCAAUUAAAAAGGUUGAGAAAACUGAGUAG